AUGCACAGAGGGCUUACAGAAAUAAAUUUUGAGAUUCUGAAGGAACUAAGGGCUAGCGGAACUGGUGGCCAUGCUCCCCCGUGUAAGUGGCCACGUCAGGGACAAGGUGGCCAGUCCCCAGGCGCCCCGGCACAGAUCUGCGUUGUGACCAUUGCCCAGCCUGAGGUGGCAGACACACAGGGAAUCCAGCCUGUACGGGGCACAGCGGGCGUCGGUCCCCGGCAGCGUCCAGGGGGUCACAGCGGCCGUGCGGGUCCCCGGGCAGCGUCCAGGGGGUCACAGCGGCCGUGCGGGUCCCCUGGCAGCGUCCAGGGGGUCACAGCGGCCGUCAGGGUCCCCGGGCAGCGUCCAGGGGUCACAGCGGCCGUGCGGGUCCCCGGGCAGCGUCCAGGGGGUCACAGCGGCCGUCAGGGUCCCCCGGGCAGCGUCCAGGGGGUCACAGCGGCCGUCAGGGUCCCCGGGCAGCGUCCAGGGGGUCACAGCGGCCGUCAGGGUCCCCGGGCAGCGUCCAGGGGGUCACAGCGGCCGUCAGGGUCCCCGGGCAGCGUCCAGGGGGGCACAGCGGCCGUCAGGGUCCCCGGGCAGCGUCCAGGGGGUCACAGCGGCCGUCAGGGUCCCCGGGCAGCGUCCAGGGGGUCACAGCGGCCGUGCGGGUCCCCGGGCAGCGUCCAGGGGGUCACAGCGGCCGUCAGGGUCCCCCCGGGCAGCGUCCAGGGGGUCACAGCGGCCGUCAGGGUCCCCGGGCAGCGUCCAGGGGGGCACAGCGGCCCGUGCGGGUCCCCGGGCAGCGUCCAGGGGGUCACAGCGGCCGUCAGGGUCCCCGGGCAGCGUCCAGGGGGUCACAGCGGCCGUGCGGGUCCCCGGGCAGCGUCCAGGGGGUCACAGCGGCCGUGCGGGUCCCCCGGGCAGCGUCCAGGGGGUCACAGCGGCCGUGCGGGUCCCCGGGCACUGUCCAGGGGGUCACAGCGGCCGUGCGGGUCCCCGGGCAGCGUCCAGGGGGUCACAGCGGCCGUGCGGGUCCCCGGGCACUGUCCAGGGGGUCACAGCGGCCGUGCGGGUCCCCGGGCAGCGUCCAGGGGGUCACAGAGGCCGUCAGGGUCCCCGGGCAGCGUCCAGGGGGGCACAGCGGCCGUGCGGGUCCCCGGGCAGCGUCCAGGGGGUCACAGCGGCCGUCAGGGUCCCCGGGCAGCGUCCAGGGGGGCAACAGCGGCCGUGCGGGCCCCCGGCAGGGUCCACGGGGGCACAGGAGCUGUGAAUCCACCUCUGGGGGCCCGGUCCCCCACCUUCGAAUCUGUGCCGUCAGGCCCCAAGCGCCUCAGCGUCGGUGGCCAGCUCUUGAGCGUGGGAGGCCCGUGGCCCCCGCGAGGGCCCGCGCUGUGGGUGUCGGGGGGGAAGCUGAUCCGCGCACCCCCACCCGGAGCCCAGGCGCGCGGGGCAGACAAGCAGGGUGUGGGCCGUCCAGGGGGCCGCGAAGCCGAGCGGCUUUGUUCCCACACUCGGGUGGACGUGGGUGAGAAUCGCCCCCGGGGCCGACGCGGCCCUCCCUCUGCGGGUUCGGGACGGGGCGCCUCCUCGCGUCUCCCUCCAGCGCCCGCCUCGCCCCGUUGCGUCCGGACGAAGCGUAGGACGGCUGGCUCUGGGGAGCUGACAUCCACGGUGGCUCCUGGUUCUCCUGCAGGCGAGGGGACGCGAGGGCCCCGGGAGGAAGAGCAGAGGGGGAGGGACGGGCAGGAGGGAGGCUGCCCUGCUCCUGUCCCGCUAGGAACAGCUCGGGACCAGAAAGUCAGGACGGUCCGUGCUGUGGAAGAGGCCUGCGCGGAGGCAGCGCGAGGUCGCUGUGACCUUGGCGCUGCGUCAGCUGGAGCCCCCGCGGCCCCCUGGUGGUCGGGAAGGGAGCUGCGGCUGCCCACUCCCCGUCCACCAGCCGGGGACGCGGACAGCUUCGGGGAUGACUGA